UAAAAAAUGCAACCAACAACCAUUAAAAUGCUCAGACUGUUACCUCUCUUUUUAUUAUCAAAAAGAAAUUUAUUGUUGCUGCUAUUUGGAAUUUGUACAGCAAUUAUUGCCAACCAUUUGGUUAAAACUCAAGACGACCCAGACCAUCCAGAUACCCCAGAAAUUGCUUCGAAUUCAUUAAUUUCAACAAUGGGGCGUUCAAAAAGGCAAUGGGGAUGUCCAAACGGAUGUUUCUCUCCUUGUGUAAGUUCCCAACAAUGCCAACGCUAUCAACUUGCUACCGUUUGUGUUUUAGGGUGUUGUUGUCCUGCACAGCCAGCACAAACAACCAGUCUGAGUACUGCCUGUGAUGGCGACCCAGCAGUAGCAGCUUGUCUCAACGGUUUGUGUGGGCAAGGCUAUUUUUGCAAUUCUCGGAAUUUCUGUUGUCGAUGUCCUUCGGGAACAUCACCAGGUCCUUGUGUAAACAAUUUAUGCCCACCUGGAUAUGCUUGCAAUACAAACAAUUUCUGUUGCUCUCUAGGAUCAGGCUCUGUAUUGGGGCCUUGCGGUCCGAAUGGGGAAUGCCCAAACGGCUUCCAAUGUGGAGCAGGCAAUCUAUGUUAUCCAGUAACUGGUACUGAUGGGGGUAUAUCAACUACUGGAAACAAUGGUCGCCGAUAA